AUGAAGCGGCAAAUUGCUAUUCAAGAUAGUAUUGAAAUCUCAGAAAUUGAAAAAAAUAAAAAAAUAAAUUCAAUAACGGUCGCAAUUGCGCGGGUUGGAGCAUUUAAAGACUUGACAUUUGGACUUCUCGAUGUAUUUGACAAAUUAAUUGAUAAAAAUAAUUCAACUGAUCAAUCCUAUUUAAAUGCGGAAGCUUUAAAACUCUUAUAUAAAUUCCAUCAUCAAGCAUUAAUAAUGAAUGACACGGAAUUUUUGCAACAUGUAUGGGAUUUAUAUGUAAAUAAUGGAAUUGGAAUUAAUAAAACAGAUGAUAAGCAUACAGAUUCUCAACACGAAAGCAGUGCUUUUGAUAUAAUCAAAAAUGUGUUACAAGAUGUUGGUAUUGAAGCGGAUAGAAUAGAAGAAAAUAUGCAUCAACAUAAAGAUAAUAAUGAAUAUGUACUUACAAGACCUAAUGAUUUGACCACAUUCUAUGAAGGGAUACUUAAUAGUAUGGGAUUACCAGCGUUUAUUGGGUACAUUAUUGCUGGUUGCGUUCUUGGUCCAGCGGGAUGCAACGUAAUUCAGGAACUAAUUCAAACAGAAACACUUUCACAGCUUGGUGUUGUAUUUAUAGUUUUUAUGUUGGGUUUAGAAUUCUCAUUUGAUAAAAUCAGGUCCAUCUGGAAGUUUGCAUUAUGUAGUGCAACUAUGAUCUUCUUAUCAACCUUAUCAUUUUUCGUUUUGGCGGGUGCUAUUAUCAACGUUAGUGUCAAAGAGGCAGUUGUUGUUGGUGCAUGUGUAUCUCUUUCUAGUACCGCAGUUGUUGAAAGGUUACGCUGUAUAGAAUUAGAGCCUUUAUAUGGUUUACUUGUAAUGCAAGACGUAUUAUUUGGAGUAUUAUUGGCCGCUAUGCCUGUUCUAUCUCGAUCUGUUUCAUUAUGCUUAUUAAUGUCACAAGUUUCUUAUAUACUUGGAAUUGGUGCUGAAAUUGGAUGUUUUGUUGCGGGAAUGUUGGUUCAUAAUCGUAGAACAUUUUUUGAAUUUUCCAUAAAUUUAGUGGAACCUGUCAAAGAUAUAUUUUCUUGUUUAUUUUUUGCUAGCAUCGGACUUCAUAUAUAUCCUAGUUUUUUGAUUAACGAAGGACCUUUAUUAUUUGCUCUUACAAUUGGAGUUGUUGGGUUUAAAUUUAUAAUAAGCAAUAUUGCAUUUAUGACAUUUGGUUACAACUUUCGUCACGCGAACGUUAUGUCAAUUGGAUUAUCACAAAUAAGCGAAUUUGCAUUUGUAUUAGGUAGUCGUGCAAAAAGUUUUGGAAUAAUAUCCCGAGAGGUUUAUUAUUUACUUUUGGCUAUUACAUCAUUAACUUUAAUUGUGACUCCUAUAUUAUGGAAAAUAUUAUGUAGAAAUAAAUUGGAUGGUACUAAAGAAACUGAAUAUACAAUACCCUUUACGAAUGAUACAGAAAAAGUCGAAUAG